CCUCGAGGGACGGCGCGAGAGGGGACGGCGCCGUUACGACCGUUACGAACGCCAACACGCGAGACGCGGGCACGGGUGUUGGGUCGGUGACGACGACGACGACGGGCUCCGGGACGAGCACGGGGGACGAUCGGAUUGGGAAUUUCAUGGAUCCAACCGAGACGAUCCUGAUGGCGCGCGACCCGGACCGCGCGAGGUCCUCCCGACACUCGUCCAGCUCGUCCGUCAGCAGGUCGCACUGGCCGGGGCCCGUGCAGCUGCCCGAGUGGAUCGACGAGGAGAGGGCGCCGUCGCACUUCAAGUGUCCCAUCACCCUCUGCGUGAUGCGCGAGCCCGCGGUGACGCCAGCCGGGAUAACCUACGAGCGAUCCGCGCUGAUGCAGUGGCUGGACCACCAGCACGUCGAACCAAGCACGAAACGACGUUUAAAGCGCUCGCACGUCGUGCCCAACCUGACGUUACGCGCGAUGAUCGAGGAUUGGCUCCAGCACGAGCGGGACGUCCGAGCGGGCAAGGCGUCAUCAGGCGCCGGAUUUGUCGGCACCAACCGAGGUCCGGGGUCCGCGAGAGGGGGUCUGCCCCCCGGCGCGGCGGCGGUGUCGCACGCGGACAGGGACGCCCUGCGAGCGGUUCGCCAACGCAUGUACGCCGCGCUCAAGGAACGAGCCGCGCUGGGCGUGUGUUACGAGGAGCAGCGAUGGGAGGCGUACGCCGCGAGGGGGCGCGGGGACGAGGGGGCAGACGACGACGGGACGCAGCUGGACGGGACGCCGGGAUCGAACGUCGCGUCGGCGACGGGCGAUGGUUCGGAGGAGGCGCGUGCAGAGGUCGCGGGAUCGAAUCCCGGCGGGGGCGAGCGUUUGGACGGCGAAUCGUCGUCGCUUUCGUCGCCGCCGACGCCCGCGGUUUCGAGGGAAGAAGAAAUUCAACCCCCGGGCAGUUUGGACGCGACGCUCGACGACGACGCCAUGAACGACUGACUGAUGCGCGCGGGUGCGUUGGGAUUCACAAACGACCGCGGGUCGCGUUUUGGGGUGCGGUCGGACGCUCGUUUGCGUAAAUAAGACGUUGUACGUAGACGAUGAGAACACUUACACUGUG